AUGCAUUGUCUAUUGAAAAAUGCAUUAAACUUCGAUAAGUUUAAGAACAUCAAAAUUGACUUAGUUAACAAGGUAAAAGCCUCUGACACGACAGAUUCUCAUGAAGAAAAUGAAGUAUUCAACCUUUUAAAAGAUAAAGAAUUUUUCUCUGAAGGGUUACAGCUCAGUAGACAUAACAAUUUGGAAUGCACAUCUUCAGUGAAAAAUAAAUUGAAACAUAUUAAUAACUUAAAACGGCAUUUAAAUGAUAUAACGAACUUAAGACAACUUGAAAAAUGUAGGUUAUAUAAAGAGACAGGUAGAGUUAAAACAGUUCGCAGUAGAACCGUAGGAGUUUCUUCAUUUUUAAAAAAUGGGCAUGGUGACGGUUGCGACGAUAAGAGCGUGGAAAUGUUCAAUAGCAAUGUUCCGCUCUAUGGAGAAAUCAAAACAUUGUAUAAAGAUGUGUUUUGUAAAACGGUGUCCAGGAGGAUCCAGAAGAAGGGAUUAAUAAGAAAAACAUUUUUUAAAACGUUCAUGUUUAAGUUCAUUUCUGAGUUAAACAGUAAUAGUGACAGGAAGCAUAUAGACAUAACUAAAUUUGAGCUGACAAACGGAAAAUUAAUUGCGUAUCUUCACUGUUAUAAAAAAUGCUCCCCUGAAAAGGUGCACCAUGAUAGAAAUGUGCAGAUUUAUUUAAAAAAGAAAAUUUAUUAUAAAUCUAUCAUUACAAAAAAACGUGUUAGUUCUGUAAAAAGAAAUAAACAAAUGCGAACGUGCUUAAGGAGAGAAAAGCCCGAACGGUAUUGCGAUGAUAGGAACCAAGUUAAAAGCGGCUCCAACGAAAUGCAUAAUGCACCAGAAAAAAUAUAUACAAACCGCGAGAAAGAUCGAAAGAAAGAAUUUAACAAUUGCUGUGCGUAUAACUGUGAAGAAUCGCUCUUUUUGGUGAAACCAUUUGAGACGAAGCAGCUUCCUAACAAAAAUGCUGCUAAUUCUGUAAUGGCAAAAUGGAAUUGUUUACAGUCAUCUGCAGACAAAAAGGAAUUUCACAAGAACACAGGGAGAAAUGCUCACAUAGAGUUUGUGAGCAGGUGCGGAGCGGCAAGCACGGAAGAAACGGUCAACACUUUAAUCGAAGGGGGAUACAGAAAGAAUUCAAAAAUUUACACCUUCAGUAACCUUGGAAAUGGAGAAAUGAAAGAUAUGAAGAAGACUAAGGAAGUGUUCGAAAUUCACAAUUCGGAAAUUGUACAUAAAAAUUCAUCAAAUCAGAAAAACAUAAAUUUGAGUGAACUUCGUAGAGUGAGCAGCAAUGACCAACAGAAUAAUAAAAAGGAAUUUAAAAGAAUCAGGGACCCCCGUCUUCAUUUUCUCAGCAAUAAUGUUAACUUUUACGAAACAGUGAUUAAUGAAGAGAAAUGUAAAGCAGAAAAUAUAAAAAGGGGCGAUAACCUUUGCGAUCAAAAUAUAAUGCAAAAUGGAGAAAUGAACGAAAUAAAGCAGAAAAUCAAAACAGCGCUAGUCAGCUUGAAUAAUAUAAGAAAGAACAAUUAUAAGUUAAAAUUUUGUCUUGAAAAAGAAAUUAUAGAUAACACCAUUCACCAAAAUGAGUUAAAAAGAAGUUUAGGUUCCGUUUUUAGUGAAAAUAGUGCACAUAACAAAAGUGCGCACGUGGGUCGAAAUUCCCUCGACGGGAGAAGUAAAAAUAUAGACAAACGCAGAAAUAGUAGAUACGAUGGUGACAACCAUCAGGGGCAAAAGGCUAAAACGCAAAGAGAGGAAAAUGCACAAAACGGUUUCUGCAAUAAUGUUAGGAGCAUAGGAGAAAAAAUCACAUUGGAGAAAAAAGGUGCCAAUGGUUGCAGUAGUGUGAGUUGUGAAAAAAAUAAAAACGAACGUCUUCACUCAACUGAAGAAGGUGUCAAAUCAACGCGCGCCGUUAUAAAAAGCGAUCAAAAUGAAGGCAAAACCAAAUUAGUCAGUAAAACGGAGGCCAAAAGGAACCACUUUAACGAAUCGAGGGGCACUCAACUGGUUCAAAAGCGUCACACAAAUGGAAAAAAGGAGGAAAAUUUACCAAAAAGCGGCAUAAAACUGAGCAAUCGUACAUUUACAUUAAAUGGAGAAACACCAAAUAGACAUAUCUGCAGUGGUAAAAGUCUGAAGGAUGAAGAAAAGAGUGGCAUUUUAAAUAACACCCCAAAAGUGCAUAGUUGGAAAAUGGCCGUUCAGGCAAAAAAUGACGGAUUAAAAAAUAACGAAAAGGAAAAGAUUCGUGGAAUUGACGAAAGGGCACGUAGUAGCUUUUUAGGUCACCUAAAAAGCAAAGUUGAAAAGGUAGAGGCGAAAGAAAUGGACAGAAAAAAUGAAUACAUCAAAGUUGGAGGUAAACAUAAAAACUUAAGCGGGGUGAACAAAUCGACAAAGCAAUUUAAAGAAAAUAAUAGCUACGCGAACAGAAACAAAAGUAAGGAAACAAUUAAAAAUAUUGAAGCAAAUAAUUUGAAUAGCCCCUUGGAUGAUGACAAAAAAACGCAUAACAUAGUUGCUAAUUCGAGGGAUUGUACGAAAAAAUUUACAGCUUCACAAGAAAUCCUUUGUGAUGAAGCAAAUAGGGAAAGGAAACAAUUUGACCUAAGUAACGUAAGAAACAUAAAAAAAAUAAUAACCUGCGGAAUAUAUGUAAACAAAGAGGUGGACCGAAUAAAUAAAAGAAACAAAAUUGCAAUAAGCAUAAUUGAGAACUAUUUAGAAAGCACAAAUAGGACAUGUUCAUUUUUUUCCAAGCAAAAGGAAAAAAAGGCGUAUCUUCAGAAAAAUUCUAUACCUGGAAGGGAAUAUGACAAAAAAGAGGCCAAAGUUUUCCCCGGGUUGUAUGACCAUUACGCAUUUCUACUACUUAACGUUAAAAAUUACAAAGCUAUGUGA